AUGCCGCGCCGCGAAGUCCACGUCAACACUGCCACCGCCCACCGAGACCCAACCUCCACCCCGGCCCGAUUGAACUUUGAAGCCCAGACGCAGAACGGUACUGCGUACACCAAUCUGCUCGAGUCCAAUCCCUUUGGCCUAUCUGUACGGAUCAGGAUACAAUUAUCACCAUCCCCCGUUCGGACUGCGACCUACGAGGCUACGACCACUCCACGAGCCCAUGCACUGAUGCAGACGAGAAAUUAUCCGAUCGAUGAUCAUAUUUCGAGUCCAACGUCGUGGGUUCCACUACGUCAGUCCCGCCCAUUUCAAGAAAAAGAACACAUAUCGCGGCCAAUCAAACCAGGACUGGAUACAAAUAAACUGAAUCUCUCUCCGUUCCUCUCUGUUCGGUCCGUCUGCCCACUUCCCCCGGACAUGACGCAGGCCACUUAUCCAAUCGCCUCCUUGCAGGCAUACGGCGUCCAAGCCGCCAAAAUUUCGCAGUCGCAGGAAACAAAUGCAGCCCUUGGGCACAAGAAAUUGCAUCCUCGAUUCAUCCCAAAUUACCCCCCUUCACCCCUCCAUCUUCUGCACGCAGCACCCAUUCUGUGUGACACCCUUCAGCGGGUUUAUCAGGGGUUAUCCGCCCUCGACUUCCUUUUCACCUUUGGCCUGACCUUGGCCUCGAACUGUUUGCUUUGCUUUUGCUUUUUGGGAGACUCCGAAUCCAUGCCAAGUUGCCAGACUUGGCUCCUGCAGUCUAUCCAUACACUUCCAAGCGGCACAGAAGAAAGAACACUCCAGUCUCUUCUCUGUUCUCUCAAGCCUAGGCCAUUUCCCGCUUCCUUCUUUACACUUACUCGUCGGGCCUCGUCAUCCUCCAGGUCCCACCCCGCAAAAGGCCCGUGGGCUCUUGCAGCGAACUGGAAUGGCCAUGCCCUGGCUGGCGGGUGCCCGCGUUACUGGCAGCGGGAGGGCCGGUUGGGAUCUCCCCGAUCCCCUUUCCCCCCCUUCUGCUCGCUCCCCUUUUGCCUUUUGACCGCAAACGGAAUGGGCCACGAUCUCAACUCCUGGUGGUCAGAACACUUUCAUUACUGUCAAACCUCGCACACGUACACGGUGAAACACCAUGCGAAUGGAUCUAUUCGCAAUGAUGGGGGCGAAAAACAAGAAUGCUUUGCUAUUUUCAACUACUUCAAAAAAACCACCGGAAUUGAGCCCCCCCUCCUGAUGCUCCAACUCGACUCCCGCCGACUUAUAUCUUCGAUUUCCGCCGCUCUCUCUGGCUCUGAUUUCGCUUCACCAGUCGGACGCUGGUCACGCGUUCCGGGUAAAACGUUGCCGCAGGAUCCGCUGCUCGAGGCGGCUCUCGAUAACCCUCUCUCUCCCACAAUGUCCUCCGCCGCCGCCGCCGCAGGCGGCUUCAACGUCCUAUAA